UAACUUGACCUUCACCCUGUAGUCAAUAAUCAAUCAACCUCUCCGGCUUCAUUCGCUUCUUGACUCGUCGACCUACCAGCCUCAUCCACCACCGACCACCUCAACUCCACUCAUCACCACACGAUGGCAACUUUCUCCUCCUCCUCACCGUCCAGCAUGAAAGAAAAGAUUGAGUUUAUUCGAGCAGCCGUACCGUCGGCGAAAAAGACCGACAUCGUCACGGUCCUACAGACGUGCGACUACUCGGUUGAACAAGCGAUUUCUGCUCUAACAAAAGACGGCGGCCGCCAGGAGCUCGAACAGUGGACGUUUCAGCGCAGAAAGUCGAAGCUUCGUCAAGCGCCGACGAAGAGCAAGAAAACGGCGUUGGCACGCCAAAAGACGCCCGAGGCAACAGAAGCGACAGUCGGGAACGAAGCGAGUCAUGCCGUUGUGCAGGAGGGUGGAGAGCGGAGUGAAUCAGCAGUGGAGGAGAAAGCUGUUGCGGCAGCAAACGGCUACACCCAUGACACAGACCUCACACGUCGUCACUCGCGUCAAGACUCUGUGAGCAGUACAGGCAGCUGUGGCAGCAGCAGCACAACCGGCGGUCUGAAAGAAGGCGGAAAGAAACUACUCAAAGAACUCAACAAGACGACCGUCCAGUUGCCUCGAUAUCAAACUUUACAACAUGAGAAUUUCCAAGUUGCUGAGAGAAGAAUUAAACAAGAAUUUGCGAGACUACAGCAGUGUGUCACCGAUCGUGAACGCGAGCUGUUGGAAAUGCUCUCCGUUGUGCAGUCUCAAGGCGAGAAGCUGUUAUGUGGUCGCCAUCAGAGUGCGGAGAAAUUGUUGCUUCAAGCAGAGAGCAUGGGUUCGUUGUCCGAGGGGAGGGCAUCCGAGUUGAGAGGCGAAAUCAAACAUUUUGUAUCAGAAAGGAGGAUUGACGAUGAGUUGGCUAAGAUGGAGUGGUUUAGUGGUACGGCAUAUGGUUUGGAGAAGGAAAUAAAACAGUUUGGAAAAGUGUCUGAAAUUCGUCACUUGUAUUCCGGACAUAAAGCUGUUCCAAGUAAUCCUAGCAAGGCACCUGAACAUACUCCAUCUGACAACACUCAUUCAAAAACUGUUGAACAACGUGAUGUAGAAGCCAAAGCAGAAAGCGUCGGUCAUUCUGAGUCUAUAGGAAAGCAGGUUGAUGUCGAGGUACACAAUGGAGUAGAUGCUUUACGGCUGCAAGCAGAGUUGCAUGCCAAGCUGAAGGAAGUAGUGAGCCAGCAGAGUGCGAUGUCACACAAACAAGGUCCACGACUUACCAACGGCUUUGUAAAAGGCCAACCCUCCCACUCGCAUCAAUCCUCCACUAAACAAGAAGUCAAACGUCAAGCCAAGCCACCAUCCAAUCCCAGCAGCCAAGACCGACCUUCAGCAUCUCACCAGCAUACCAAACCCUCAACAAAAUCAUCCAAGAAGAGACAGACAGACGACAAGAGACAGAUGGAUGAGAAGAGGCGUGACGACCCCAAAGAGCAAGCGCUCCAAACCAACGAGAAAACUAAAGCACGAAGAGAUGAGAAGAGACAAACUAAUAUGAAAGAUACUGACGACAGACGAGGUAACGAAGAGAAAAGACUAAGUAAUAGUGAUUCAAAACAGCACAACGACGACCCCCUUCCUUUACCACAAAGACAACGGAGGCAGCCUAGAGGAGGCCGGCAACCUCAGACGAGUAGUCCCUCUCUGCAAGGUGUGGCAUCGCAUACAGAAGCGACGCUGAUCGUACUGUAAGACAUCGGAAGUAGAUACCUAGUUGGAUAUGCGACAUGAACGAUGAUGAUAGGUUUGUGUGUGGAAUGUAUUGAGUCGGUAGUUUCUUGUGUUGGAUAUCAUUGUGUGUGUGUGUGUGUGUGUGUGUGUGUGUGUGUGUGUGUGUGUGUGUGUGUGUGUGUGUUGUGUUGGACGUGGCCGACUCGUUAUGCAGUCGGUUGAAUUUGAGAUGAUGAUGGCA